AUGGCUUCUCCUGUGAUGCAGAGGUUCUUGUGUUUGAUAUUUUGCGGUGCUCCUCCUCAAACUUUUUCUCAGGACGAUUCGAACGAUGAGGGGAGACAGGAGGACGACCUGGGUGUGGAGAACAGGAUCCUCAUGGAGGGAUUUCUGUAUAAGAAGAGCAGCAGUGUGUUUAAAACAUGGAAGAGGCGGAUGUUUAUUAUCCAGAAUAAUCAGCUGUUGUACGAGAAAAGGUUUAAGCGUAACCUCACAGUUCUGAUGGAAGAUCUGCAGCUGUGUUCAGUCCAAUGCUGUGAGGACGUCAGGCGCCGCUUCUGUUUUCAGGUGGUUUCACCAACAAAGAGUCGUACGUUUCAGGCCGAUUCAGAGGCGAGCAGACAGGCUUGGAUUGAAGCCAUUCAUGCUAAAGGAAAAAUCGACAAUGAAGGACGCCAAGAGGAAAUGACCACCAGCACAAACCUAAACAACCUGAACCACAAAGAGAGUUUUGACAGCCAGUAUAGCACUGGAAAGCUGCUGGGAAAAGGAGGCUGUGGUUCGGUCUAUGAAGGAGUUUGUAAGGCAGAUGGGAAGCAGAAAUCAGAAGGGUGCGAAAAUCGUUCGGAGUCAAAUUCCAUUCAAAUCUUAUCGAAUGGAGAAAUGAAGUUGGAGGUCUUGGAAGACUCCCACCAACCACAAGCAACAUCUAAUCCUCCAGCUAUGGCCAGUCUUGGAGAAGUUAUUUGUGAUGCUGCUGUUGAGAACAAUGAUGCUGAAGGAAAAAUCGACAAUGAAGGACGCCAAGAGGAAACGACCACCAACACAAACCUAAACAACCUGAACCACAAAGAGAGUUUUGACAGCCAGUAUAGCACUGGAAAGCUGCUGGGAAAAGGAGGCUGUGGUUCGGUCUAUGAAGGAGUUUGUAAGGCAGAUGGGAAGCAGGUUGCCAUCAAAUAUGUGUCGAAGACUCACUACCAACGAUUUACCACUAUUCCCGAGGAGACGGACUCGCUUCCUGUAGAGGUGGCAUUGAUGCAGAUGGUGUCCAGGCCGCCUUGCAGUCCACACGUGCUAAAGCUUCUGGAGUGGUUUGACACGCCUCAGCAACACAUCCUGAUUCUGGAGCGACCCGUUCCCUGCAUAGACCUCUUACACUUAAUAAUCAGUAAAGACAAACUGAGUAUGGAGCUCGCUCGACACAUCAUGUGGCAGGUGGUUCUGGCUACACGUCACUGCCAUGAUCGUGGGGUCUUACAUAGGGACAUCAAGCUUCAGAACGUCCUUAUAAACACUGAUACUCUAGAGGUCAAGCUGAUAGACUUCGGCUGCGGUGACCUUCUCAAGGAAACUCCCUACAAAACAUUUGCAGGAACGAGGCUACAUGCUCCACCUGAGUGGAUAACAAAUGAAGCAUAUCAUGGCUGCCCUGCAGCCGUCUGGAGUCUAGGUGUAUUGCUGUUUCUGUUGGUUUGUGGACGCUUGCCUUUUCGGACUAAUAAGCAGAUUGUUGAUGGGCGUCUGUUUUUUAAACAUGGUGUGUCUAAGGCCUGCAGUAGUCUGAUUGAAAAAUGCCUUCAGAAAAAUCCCAGUAAGCGUCCAAGCCUUGAAGAGAUCCUUCAGGACGAGUGGUUUGAAAAGGAACGUGAAUAUCAAGUCCAGACAGAUGUAGAUCCUGAGACGCAGAUGAGUGAGCAGAGCAGUAACAGUCAUAACAAUCACCACGUCUCAUAAAACUGUCUUCUAUUUGUACAGGAUUUGUAAUUGUACAGGAUUUGUAAUUGUACAGGAUUUAUAAUUGUACAGGAUUUAUAAUUGUACAGGAUUUAUAAUUGUACAGGAUUUAUAAUUGUACAGGAUUCCUAAGGUUGCAGGUAACAGUAAAAACAAUGAAACUAAUAAAGCUUUUACUAGUUUACCAGGAAAAAAGAAGAUCUAACCGCAGAAUGUGAUUCAAGAACACUGGCAGUAGGUGAACAAGCAUCUCUCUUUGAAAGCUGAGGAGACUGAGGAGACCUUCUUACCAUUAUGCAACUUAUCAGCAGCUUUAGGAUAUAUGUUAUAUAUGUUAGUUCUACCAGUAAAAAGCUCGACUGUAAAUAAUCACAUUGUAUAAUAAAGACAUGAACUAUGUAA